UUACAGCUCACGCCCGGCUCGCACUGCGUCGUGCGCGGGGCGGACCAGACACGCCGCGCCAUCUUGGCCGACGUGAGUGACGCGGCCGUCACCGCAGUGCUGCCGGACUACGGGCACACCGUCACCGUGACUGUGGACAAUCUUAUGGCUCUGCCGCCAGAGCUGAGCCUGUACUACUACCAGUCGCUGGAGUGUUGUCUCCACAACUUCGACGCGGAGUCCAAACCGCUGGUAGCACUCGACGAGCUCAGGACUCGGCUUGCAGGGAACAAGGUCGUCAUGUACAUUAACGACGUAGAUGGCAUCAGGUUGGUGUCAACGCUAUACGAUCCCGUAACCGGCAAAAAAAUAGCCAUAUUUGAGCCUGAUCCGGACGCUUAUGACGAGGUGACGCCGUUGUGCCCGAAAGCAGUGUUCAAUUACAACUUCGGUAUGGCAUACGUGUCGCACGUCGAAAGUCUCAACGAAGUAUAUUUGCUGAAGGCCACGGACAGCGACGGCAUCGCAGCAUUCCUGGAGUUAUUGUAUCAAUUCUACGAGGAAGGUACUCCUGAAGCCUUAGAAACAUGCGAAGUGGGUGAUUUUUGUGCGGCGAAAUCAUCAGACGGCAACUGGUAUCGAGCUACUAUUGUCAGUGUCGCAGACGAUGAGGUGACAGUGCAGUUCCCAGACUAUGGCAACACAGAAAAAGUCCACAAAGAUGCUCUCAGAAAACUAGAUACAAAGUUCUACGAGCCAUGUUAUUUCGUGAUUGUGGCUGGACUUAAUCUAGUUGCUUGCAAUGAUAACGCGAUAGAGAAACUGCGUGAAUGGACCACGGAAAAGGAAGUUCAAGUCACUUUGGCUUUUGGAAACGACGGCUGGCUUGCAAGUCUCCAUUUAGACGGUGUAGAUUUAACUGUAAAACUUGUUAACGAAAACUUAGCCACGCCGAAACCAGCUACAGAAGAGUCACCAGAAGAAACAGUUUUAUCUCAACCUAUAUCAGUCCCGGCUGCCUGCACACAAGUUUACAUCAGCCAUAUCGACACACCUGGACAAUUCUGGUUGCAAAUGUCUGAUAAAGUUGAUAAAAUUGAAGAAAUUCAAGCAGAACUCCAAGCCAAUUUUGAAUCUUAUGCGGAUAUAGACAACAGAGAAAUGGGCACGUUGUGUGCUGCCAAGUACUCCGCUGACGAUCAAUGGUACCGUGCAGAGAUAUUAGAUGCGGAUUCUGAUAUAACGACAGUCCGGUUUAUUGAUUAUGGCAACACUGAUGUACUCGACAACCAGCCAGGCUUGAUCAAAGUAAUACCAGAUAACAUGAAGGAAAUUGAACGUUAUGCAAUCAAGGCAAGCGUGAACGCAGUCCCCACUGGUACGGGGCAAUGGUCUGAACCGGCAUCAGAUUACUUCACUCAAUUGGUUGGUGACCUUUCCAAUCCCGUUGACGCUCUGAUUGUUCUCAAAGAUGUGACAACGUACGUUGAUGUUUAUGUCAAUGGCCAAAAUCUGACAGACCAGUUGGUUUCCGAAGGGCACGCAACUAAAUCGGACAAAGAUGAAUGUGGAGAUUUGCCCUCUUGCUUUGCGAGCCAUGUCAAUUCUCCAUCCGAGUUCUGGAUACAGUUAGAAUCGGCGACUGUUGAACUUCAAGCCAUGGAAGCAGCGAUGGUAGAUGCUGAAAAUUUCCCACCGCUUGAAUCUAAGGAAGAGGGAGUCUUAUGCGCCGCUUUAUACCCUGAAGAUGGUGCGUGGUACAGGGCUCAAGUGAUCGUUGAUGGCUCUGAAGGAACUGAAGUCUUAUUCAUGGACUAUGGCAACGCUUCUAUAACAGGUGAGUUGCGAAAUCUACCUGACGAACUGAAAAUAAAACCGGCACUAUCCAGAAAAUGUGCUCUUCAGAAACCACGAGAUAUAAAAUGGUCGCGAAAGUCCGAAGUGAAGUUCAAUGAAUUGGCGGCAGAAGGUGCUACUAUAUUUAACGUUCAAUUUAUCGCUUCUGGAGAUAUUUCAAUUGUGGAUUUGUAUUUUGAAGGGAAAUCUGUUACUGAAGAACUUCUUGGUUUGUGUGAAGAACAGACACUGGUUAGACUAACCCCAGUUGGACAAGAUAAAUGGGCCACUGGAAAGAUUUGUUACCUUAAUACAUUGAAAGAAAUCUUCAUUCAUUUGGAUGACUCAGUGACUAAUCUUGAUAAAGUGACGGAAAUACUAGCAGGGGGCGAGGAAUUUGAACCGGUUUCUGAAUUAAAAGUGGGCUCUAUUUGUGCCGCGUUGUGGACUAAAGAUGAACAGUGGUAUAGGGCGAGGAUUGUAGAAUUUUGCGAUGUGGGUUGCCAUGUACAGUUUAUAGACUACGGCAAUAAAGCUAAAUGCGAACACUUCAGACAAUUGCCUAAAGAAAUAUCAGAAUUAGAACCGCUUGCUAAAUAUUCUCGCUUAAGUUACGUAGAAAACGCACUUAGUGAAGAGACUAAACUUAAGCUAGAUAAUCUAGUCGCAAAACAGACUAGUUUCCAAAUAGAAUUUUUGGAUAGUCUAACUGAACCUUCUUUAGUGAAGUUACAGAUUGAUGGAGUAGAUGUUAUCUCAGUAUUAAAUGAAAAAACACAGCUAGACGUACAAGAAUCUAAUGGUGCAGACGAGAAUGUAGAGGAAUCUGAGAAUAAUGAUAUAGAUGCAUUAAAAUCAGAUCUUAAUGAGAGCAUUAGUAGCAUACAAACUGUAGUUGAGAAUAAAUUGUUCAAUGCUGAAAUUGAAGAUGCAGUAGAAUGUCUUGAAAAUAAAAUUGUCUCUGCUAAUGAAACUUGUAUCGAACUUCUCAAUGAUUCUGAUGAUACAGUUACGUGUUCAGCAGACACGAGUCCGAAAUCCGUCGAAGUAGAAAAAAUUAAUGAUUCAAUAAAAACAGAAGAAUAUAAUGGUUCAGUAAACACUAUAGAAUCUAAUAAAACGGAUGGCAAUGCAUAUAAAGGAAAAUCGGUAGAUGCGAUAAAUAAAGAAGGAUCCCUGGACAAAGACGAUAAUGAUGGUGAAAAUAAAAAAAACGUGACUCUGUAGAGAACACGAAGGAGGCAGGAGUUGCACAGUUUUAGUGAAAUGUAUACUGGCUUAGAUAAGGUAUUAACAGAACUAAAUCAGUGUGACAAAUAACAACCCCUUUAUGUUAUUAUAUUUAUUGUUAAUGAUGCUCGGUGAGCUCAUGUUGAUUGUUUCAUAUUUAAUAAUGUUUCAGAGAAAGAAAAUAUUGUUUUGGUUUUGAAUAAAACUUUUAAUAUAGAGUUAUUAUAAUUUUAAGUUCGAACUACUACUUUUAUUUAUAUGCUAAAGUAGCCAAGCAACUUUUGUGACUCAAAGUAGUAAAGUGGUAAAAUCACGUUAAUCCCAAAUGCUAAACUUCUUAUUUUCAACUUUUACUAUCGGUAUAACUAAAUGCAUUCAAGUUUAUUGACGUGACACAGCUAUAUUAUAACUUUCUGCAGCUAGAGUAAUAUAUGAUGCAUUUUAUAAGAUUUUUAUCUUAAGAAUGUCCAUUUGAUGCUAAAUAAAUAUACUAAAGGUUGAUUCUAUAAAAAAGUUGUUGCAAACUUCUGUGUUUGAUUUGAAAUAUUUUAGGUUAGGUGUAUGUGGGUUUCAUAGUCCCAUUUAAGAAAAGACUUACAUUCCUUUGUAUAUUGUUGACAAAAAACGUGUAUAUAAUAUGUAUAAUGUCAACUCGAGUGUUUAUAAUUUUUUUUAAUAAAGUCUUAUGAAGCCACA